UUGACAUUGUUUUUUUAAUUCAAUUAACUUAUUGUCUCAUAACAACAGUAAGAAAAAACAUCAGUAGUUACUGAAACUUCUCUUUCUAUUUGUACACAUUUGUUUUAAAGUGUAUUAAUUAAAUAAAAUGGAUGGAAACUAAAAUCAUAUGAUCUCUGUUACAAUCUUUGCUUCUUUAAGGUCACUUUAUAUAUCACUAUGAAAAAAUUACGUAAACAUAUCCCUCAUCAAAACAUUUAUUUUGUUCUGGAGCACAGUACUCUCUAUCCCGUAGGAAAAUUCCUGGGGGCUGUAACAGAACAUAGAGUUGUGAGUACUGUCUGUAGACAUGUGGUCAGAAGCAUUUGCUCAACAGGCUUUAACUGUGCUCUUACAUACAUUAUCUUCAUUUAAGUUCAUCAUACUCUCUGUAGCGGUUCAUGCUAAUGGGAUUGGAAAAACCAGGGCUUACAUAUACAUUUAAAGUUCAUCUCACCUAGGCUUAUGGAAAGCAUUCUCCAGACCUUGGCUGUGGGGCCUGUGUAUCUAUCAUUUAACUCCUUAUAAUCCCCAGUAACGACUCAACAUUUGUUAAGGAUAUACUCCUUAACCUGCUGUAGUCAGGAGUUGCCUCAGUAGAUCACCUGUCUCCACGUCUGUCUUAGGUCCCUUUUCUAUAAGAUAAUAGUUUUUUCAGGUUUUCCGAAAAUUUCUGCCAAGAGUCGAAAAAGUGAGUUGUUUAAUGGGUAAGAAGUAGCCUUUUUGUUAAUUUUCAUUCUUACACGUCGAUUCCCCUUAACAGUGGAGCGUUUUCCGGUGCACUUCCGGGUUUAAUUUCAACCUCGCCCUCGAUGCAAAAAAGUUAUAGCUAUUCCAAUUUCUGUACUCGGCCUCUACAAUUAUAAAACGAGCUAGGAUAAGCCCACACAGCAUUUAAAACGUCGCCAUUUCAAAUGCAGAAAUAUGAAUGACUGCAACCUCAUAGGCUGCGAAAAAAAGACUCGAUUCAUGUUGGCUUUACAAGUAAUAUGGAUGGCCAACGAGCAAUACUCGCCGUUGUGUGUGAAGCGUUUAUAGAUCUAUUAUGCCAGGCCGAGUCAUCACACCGGAAGAGCAGAGUUUUGACCGUGAGUGAAUGAAUAAACCACGAUUGUCAUUUGGUUGUUUCUCAAACGCUGAGCAAUAACUAAGAAAGGAGAUGUCAGGUGGAGUUUUGAUGUUAUCUCCCACACUGAUGCCUCAACAAUGAUGUGUAAACAUCCUCAAGCAGAUAUUAAAGAAUGGCAAGGUUUAAGCGCAAAUUUUGCAUCACAUUGUUAGCUUUUGUGUUGCUUCUCCUUAUUAUCACUGUGAUCUUAAAGGCCCUUACACCUGAAGACUCUCCGAUUAGCAGCCAUCUAGGGGGGGGUCUGUUUCCAGACAGAAAAGAUGACAGUAGUGGUGAGAGCAACAACAAAAAACUUAGUGAGAUCAAAAUGAAUAACACAGUUAAGACAGAGAAAAACAAACAACUGGAGGCUUUGAUGGGGACAUUCCCUCCUCCCAACUACUACCUUCACACCUUCUACUAUACAUGGUAUGGGACCCCUAAAUUUGAUGGAAAAUACAUUCACUGGGACCAUCCACAGCUGGCACACUGGGACAUGAAGGUGGCUCAGAAUUACCCACAGGGCAGACAUAGCCCUCCGGAUGAUAUUGCGUCUAACUUUUACCCCUCUUUGGGAGCUUACAGCUCCAGAGAUCCCUCUGUUAUAGAGGAUCACAUGCAGCAGCUGCGAUCAGCAAGUAUUGGUGUCAUAGCUCUUUCGUGGUAUCCGCCCAAUUACAAGGAUGAUAAUGGUGAGCCCACAGAUGACAUUGUGCCAUUGCUGCUGGAUGUGGCACAAAAAUAUCACAUUAAGGUUGCUUUUCACAUUGAACCCUACCAAGGGAGAGAUGAGGUUAAUAUGUUCUCAAAUGUCAAAUACAUCAUAGAGAGAUACGGUGAGCACCCAGCGUUCUUCAAGUAUCUGACUAAUACUGGCAACAGUCUUCCACUCUUCUAUGUAUACGACUCAUACCUGAUGAAUUCUGAGCAGUGGGCCAAGCUGCUGAAACACACCGAAAACAACAGCAUCAGGGACACACAGUAUGAUGCUAUCUUCAUUGCCCUUCUGGUGGAGGAAAAACAUAAAAGAGAAAUCCUCACGGCUGGUUUUGAUGGCAUCUACACUUACUUUGCUACUAAUGGAUUUUCCUAUGGGUCCACUCAGCGGAACUGGGACUCGAUUAAAGCUUUCUGCGAAGACAACAACCUCAUGUUCAUCCCAAGCAUUGGCCCAGGAUAUAUCGACACAAGCGUCCGGCCCUGGAAUUUUCAAAACACCCGAAAUCGCAUUAAUGGCAAAUAUUACGAAACCUCAUUUAGCUCAGCCAUAGAAGCCAGAGGUGAUUUUAUAUCAAUAACAUCUUUUAAUGAGUGGCACGAAGGAACGCAGAUCGAAAUGGCAGUUCCGAAGAAAAGCCAGACUGUGUACCUGGACUACAUGCCUAAUAAACCUUCAAUCUACCUAGAAAUAACUCGCAAAUGGUCGGCCAUAUUUGAUAGUGAGCGACGCAAGUGGCCUCGUUCACAAUAAGUUCUCCAAGAACUUUGGCUAGUAAUUGUUACUGAUAUGAUAUGGGAAUAUUCAUAUGUUCCAUUCCAUGCAUGAUUUCCUCAUAUUAUCUAUGGCUCAAUGGAAACCGAAUAGAAAUAAAUGUAAAAAAAAAAAUCAAGAUUUUUACAUGGAUAAAAUGUAAUAAGCUUAAAUUACGGUUUGCAACAAUGUCUAAUAACUGCUACUACAUACUGUAUUGCCUUAAUGUUUCCAUAGAUUAGUGUUCGCCAAACCUUUGAGCCAUGACACAUAUUUUACACUAGUUAAAUCCUACAGGGAACUACCAAACAAAUGUAUAUGCAAUGACAUGAUGAUCUUCUAGCUUCAAAUUACUUAAUUUUGUUGUUCAGUGUGAACCUGGGCCUGUUUAGUUGAACACAAUAAUUGAAGAAAGUCACAAGAACUUCAACUGCUCUGAGUCUGUCUUUUAAAUUUCAUGGCCAACAUCUGCCACAAAGUGGAUUUAAUAGGUCUGUCCCUGUUGCACAGAUAAACAAAUAAAUGUUACUUGCAGUAAAAUAAAAGUUUUCAGAGCAAUUGAGAUGUAAAAUUGGAUAAUUUUUAGAUUUUUGGAUAAUCUUGGGUGCACUCGAUGAUCUCUCAUGACAAACUAAUGGGCCGUGGCACAGUGGCUCGGAAGUUGACACUUCUCCGCAUAUAUAUUGAAAUUACUAGGGCAGAAUUAUUGAUGUUUGACAAUUACUUACCUCAUUACUUGACAUCAUUACUUCAUUUAUGUAUGUAACACUAGAUAGUGUGAACAUAGUAAAAGGCAACCACUGAUCUUAUGAUAUUUCCUCCAUUCAGUGUAAUAAGUCUAGUAAUAAAAAAAUGGAUUAUGACACGUUGAUUUAAUAUUUUUAAAAACAUUAAUUCAAAUGUAAAUGUAGUCAUUUUAUAUUCAGAGGAUGAUGUUGAAAACCUGCAUGACAAGAAUAAAUGCCUCUAGCAAAACAUGUAACUUCAUUUUGCUAGAGGCAGAGCUGAGUAUUCUUCAGUUAUAUUGAAUAAUACUGAAUAAAUACGUGUUAUUAGCUUAAA